CCCCCCUCCCCCACACCCAUUGCAUCACCAAUCAUGGGGGAUUCUUCAACAUCAUACAUACACAUGGUGCAGCAUCUGAUAGAAAAGUGUUUGAUCUUCAACAUGACGAAAGAAGAGUGCAUGGAAGCACUGUCAAAGCAUGCAAACAUCAAACCUGUCAUCACUUCCACUGUUUGGAAUGAGCUUGAAAAGGAAAACAAGGAAUUCUUUGAAGCCUAUGCACAAUCUCAGAGCAAAAAAGACCGAAUGUCCGAGGAAGAGACAAGUCGGAUGAUCCAGAAGAUGAUCUCGGAUUCCUCUAAUAAAGAUCCCGACGAAUAAAUCGGUCCGAUCCGGGGUUUAAAUAACGGCCACUACACAAUAUUCCGGUCAACACUUCCCUAUUUCAACCCUUUUCAUUAUCGAUAUUCAACGGAUUCAACUCCGAUGAACCUUAUCAUAUAUGUUUCGACCAAAAACACAUCCACUCCGACUGUAAU